CGCCAAUAAAAUCUCAAAAGAAGAAGAAGAGAACUGAGCGGCCUCUAGGUGAAGAAAAUGGCCGACGUGGGAAUGGACUUACAAAGAGAGAGGCUGAAUAAUGGGAAAGAAGAUUUGGAGAGUCCACAGAAGAGUGGGAAUGAGAAGAGUGAAAUGUCUGAAGAGGAGGAGGAGGGCACGGAGCAAGCUGAGGUAAACGGGGGGAACCUAGACGAAACUUCCAAACAUCACAGUGGCAGCAAACACAAGAAAAAGAAACACAAGCACCGCAGCAAGCACAAAAAGCAUAAACAUGCGUCCGAGGAGGAGAAGGAGCGCAAGCGCAAGCACAAACACAAACAUAAGAAGCACAGACGCAAAGAGGGGACACCACCCACUUUGGGAGCCAAUGAACGAAAGACUGAUGAUGCCUCCCCUUUGUCUGAGAACCCAAAUGUGGAUGACCGGGCUCUGCUAGAGGACUUGGAGAAGCAGAGAGCUUUAAUUAAAGCUGAGCUGGAUAGCCAGCUGAUGGAGGGUAAGGUUCAGUCAGGAAUGGGGCUAAUCCUGCAGGGUUAUAACUCAGGCUCUGAGGAGGAUGCUGAGGGACAGAGGCCCCGAAAUGGAGAACAGUGCCAGAAAGGCAGCGGGGAUAAAACAUUCCCACCAAGGGACCGUAGCAGCAGGGGUGGCAAAGCUAGACAGGACUCGCCAGAUAAUAAAUCCAGCACAAAGCGCCACAGUCGCUCUAGAGAGAGAGACCGAGCAGCACGGGAGAGCAGAGGCAGUCGGCUGAGUAAUAGUGGGAAAGAGAUAGCCAAGGAGUGCAGCAGAUCCAAAGAGAAGAGGUGUUCACAGAGCCAGAAUCAAUCUCGUGAGAGAGUAAAGAAAUCACAGUCUCCAUCCAGCAAGGUGCGCUCAACAGAAAGAAAAACGGAGCAAAAGAGGUGCUUAUCGGAGGGAAAGGAGGCUCGAACAGAAAGACACCCUUCUCCCCAUGCAGAGGAAAGAAGGGCUAUUCAGGAGCAGGGCAGUCAGAGAUCAGGUUCACCAGCACACUCGCACAAUCAGAGGUCUCAUUCCAAAGAUGGCCACUCGGAGGCAGACAGGGACAAGAGGCCUGGCAAAUCGCCUUCCAAGGAUGCCUCAUCAGGAAAGGAGAACCGCUCGCCAUGCCACAGGCGGGCAUCAAGUCCACGGCGGUGCCGUAGUUCCUCCACCCACCAGAGAGAGCGCCAGUCCCAUCAGACAGCUUCAUCCGGAUCGAAACAGAGCUACUCUCCUUCCAGGAACAGGUCCCCUGCAAGGAGGGGCCGCAGUCGCUCGGCUGAUCACAGAAGAGACUCGCCAUCUCGGAAGCGCUCCCGUGUAGAUGGGACUGGAAGGUCAUAUGAGAUUAGCCCAGCACGACAAAGGGUCAGCCGUUCACCACUCAGACGAAGGUCUCUGUCCCCGCGGCGACAGUCACGUCCCUCACCAAGAAGGCGGAGUCGAUCUCCUUUUAGACGAAGGUCUGGAGAGAGGGAUAGAUUUGGCCACACCAGAGGUCGUCGUUCCACAUCCAGGGAACGCGAGCGCAGGAGAAGGCGGAGCCGAGAUGAGGACAAGUACAAGGGAAGUCUGUCAGAGGGCAUGAAGGUGGAUCAAGAUUCCUCCUCGGACGACGUGAUGGAAGAUUUUGAUGCUGAAGAGGAGGAUGAGGAGGCUCUGAUUGAAAAGCGACGGCAGCAGCGACUGGCUAUAAUGCAGAAAUACAGGACAGUAAAUGAGGACAGCAACAUGGGCUCAAUGGCAUCAGAGCCAAGCAGUCCACAGAGUAGCACACGCAGUCGCUCUGCCUCACCGGACGACAUCCUGGAGCGUGCUGCUGCUGAUGUUAAGCAGUAUGAGCGUGAAAAUGUGAACACCUUCGAGGCCAAUGUAAAGGCCAAGCACAACCUCAUUGCCCAGGAGAAAGAGGGAACCAACACGAAGAAACCCUCUGCCCCCGACAUGUUUACAGAGUCGGACGACAUGUUUGCUGCAGAUUUUGAUAGUGCCAGGCUCAGGGCUGUCGGAGUUGGCAAAGACUUUAAGGAAAAUCCAAAUCUCAGAGACAACUGGACUGAUGCUGAAGGAUACUAUCGUGUGAACAUUGGUGAGAUGCUGGAUAAGCGCUAUGAUGUCUAUGGCUACACAGGGCAGGGGGUAUUCAGCAAUGUCGUCCGAGCCAGAGACACUGCCCGUGCUGGCCAAGAGGUGGCAGUCAAGAUCAUCCGCAACAACGAGCUCAUGCAAAAGACAGGGCUGAAGGAGUUGGAGUUUCUGAAGAAGCUUAAUGAUGCCGAUUCGGAUGAUAAAUUCCAUUGCUUGCGCCUCUUCAGACAUUUUUACCACAAACAGCACUUAUGUCUGGUGUUUGAGCCUCUAAGUAUGAAUCUUCGUGAAGUCUUGAAGAAGUAUGGUAAAGAUGUAGGUCUUCACAUUAAGGCUGUUCGUUCCUACAGCCAGCAGCUCUUUCUGGCCUUAAAGCUUCUGAAGCGCUGUAAUAUUCUGCAUGCUGACAUCAAACCUGACAACAUACUGGUGAAUGAAUCAAAGACCAUCCUCAAACUGUGUGAUUUUGGUUCAGCCUCCCAUGUGGCUGAUAAUGACAUUACGCCUUACCUGGUCAGCAGGUUCUACAGAGCUCCUGAGAUCAUCAUUGGGAAGCCAUAUGAUUACGGAAUUGAUAUGUGGUCAGUAGGUUGCACUCUGUAUGAGCUUUAUACAGGAAGGAUCUUGUUUCCUGGCUCCUCCAACAACCACAUGAUCAAACUGGCCAUGGACCUUAAAGGAAAGAUGCCCAACAAGAUGAUUCGGAAAGGUUUGUUUAAAGAUCAACACUUUGACCAGAACCUAAACUUUUUGUACAUUGAAGUGGACAAAGUGACUGAAAGGGAGAAAGUGACAAUGAUGAGCACUAUUAACCCCACUAAAGACCUGCUGGCGGACCUGGUUGGCGGUCAGAGACUCCCAGAAGAGCAGAGAAAGAAAGUGAUGCAGCUGAAGGAUCUGCUCGAUGGCACUCUGAUGUUGGACCCUGCCAAGCGCAUCAGUAUCAAUCAAGCCCUGCAGCAUCCAUUCAUUCAGGACAAGAUUUGACCUUUUUCCUGUUUCACGUCUGACUUCUGGCCUUCCACUGGAAGUGCAAUGGCCUGCCAGCUCUUUUGGAUAUCUACCAACCUAUAAAAGUUUAGUUCUGAUCCCAUUUUAAUUUUCCUGUUUUGUUAAUUGAGUGUAAAAGGAUGGUUAGCUAUGCUGGAUAUGUUAAAUGGGUGGAGCUGAACUCUUAAGGAAGCAGAUCACCAGAUAGAGGGUUUGUAACCACAGCACUGGAGAUGGAUUGAAUCAACAGACUAUCUUAAUGUUUGGAACCAUUGGGUAUAUUUUUUUUCUUUUUGUUUGUUUUAUAAGCAUUUCUUGUUUCGCUCAUUACAUUCUUUGAAUGAUCUUUUUUUUUAUUAUUGUAAAUAAUCCAUAUGUAAUUACAUGCUGUUCACAUUAGACUGAGGUUUUUUUCUGCAAUUGGUUUUGAUUUAUCAUCCUAUUUAAACUGUGGAUGUUGUCUGCAAAAAAAACAUGGUGGGAACACCAGUAAGGCCUGGUUUAAACAUGAUGUUCGAAUAUGCAUGCACAUGUGCAAGCGGUGUGAAACAUGAAACCGGCAUUGUUUGCAUAAUUGCCUGGAAGAUUAAAAUCACUAGAUAACAUGCCAUAGAUGAAAUAUCUUAGUCUGAUAGGAUUUUAUAUUAACCGGUGCAGUGUUAAGCGAUUUCAGCUUUUCUGGGACACAUUUGUCACUGAGCAGCAGCAAGAUAUCAAACCCAAGGAAGACCACCAUUAGCUUCUCUUUAAGGCUUUCUACUGUUGUCCCACAUCUUGCAUCAAAAACUGACUUUACAUUCAAAAGUAUUAACUAAUCUAGAAUCGUCACAUUCACAUGCAAAACACUGGUAGGUUUGAAAGCUACGUGAGGUUACUAACAUCCAGUGGAAUCUGAUUAGUUAACACAAAAACCAACUACAAUAAGUAUGCAAUUAAGCUGUAGUUUGUUUAUUCUGCUGAAGACAUAGCAUCACAGCACUAUGUUGUGACUGUUUACAUUGCUAUUGCACCACGUAGAAUUGUCACUGAAUUAACAGAGGACAAAAAUACCCAAAUUCUGUACUACAGGUUGCUGCUGUUCUACUCCAGAAUUCCCUUUUAGUGAUCAAAUUUUGUUUAAAGGCUUUGUUGAGCAGUCUUUAAACAGCAGUUUUAAUUAAGCUGAUAGCUCACAGAACAUACCUCACAGUAUGCUUUUCAUGUUGGUUGGUUAUCACUAGUGUAGUUUCUGUGGGUAAUCUGUAUCAGCAACAUCGGCAAAAUAUUAUUUAGGGUGGCCAUAGGUGGAAUAUCAAAAGCUCCUUUACACAGUUCAAACCUCUCUUUUUUUUUUUUUUUGUCUUAAAUUCAGAAUAUUAUUUAUUCAGUACCUCUAUUCCAGUGGUACUGAUGAAAAGACAGAGAGAGAGCAACAAAAACCUAUAUUUCUUGCUGAUUAGGGCUGGGCGACAGUGCCAUUAUAGACAUUUCUUUGUGGCACAAUAUAUCAUAUGAAAGUAUACUAACAAAAUGCUAGUGCAACAUUUAAAAGCCCUUCAAAAGGCUUUAUUAUACUUUUAACAGCUACAAAGAUAGAUUAAAGAAUAACUUUUUAACAUUGAAUCAAAAACUGUAUUAUUUCUAAUAAAUGACAGCAUAAUAUUAAUAUUGUCAUAUUGCCCAGCCCUUUUCUGCUUCUUAUGAUGUGCAUUUCAGUUUCAGGACAGUAUUGUAUAUAAGAAUCUCUCUACACAAUACGAGUCUCUUUGAGGUGCCUUAACUGGCAUCUAAAACUUGGCAUGUUGAUGCAGUUUUUACAUCAUUGUCUGAUGCAUUCUGAGAAGCUGUUCAUGAGGUGUACAAGAACACAUUUUCUGAAUAACCACCAUUCAACCAAUUUGGCAAUUUCCCGGAUCAUUCUUUUGAAGCUGCAUAAGAUACCUAGUCCUUAUUUUAGUUUUUGCUAGUCCUGGUGUUUUUGCACAGACAUGUAUUACAAGAUUUUCUUUGGAUAUGGAAAUCUUGUGGAACAUUUGCACAACGGCUGUUUGUACCAAUUAUAAGUUGAGUACGGUGUGUUUUAGCAAAGAAAGUGUUCAGCUGUUUGGUGAGGAGUGAGCAAAACUCACCUCUACUUUUCAAUGUGUGUGUGAUACUUAUGCAGACCUUAUGGAUUUUUUAAAAUGAGAUCUACAGUAGAAGUCUAAUCCAUAAAGACCAGUAUGGGUCAAAGCUCCACACAAGUUAAAUCCUAUUACUUUGUCUCACUGGCAACGGUUUCAUUAUUCCAGAGACUAGGAUGCAUGUUGACCAGGUAGAAGUGUAAUUAUCUUCUGCAGUGCUUUUUUAUACAACAGGUUUGUGCUAAUCAAAUGUGUUUUCAUAUCUCCUAAUUGGAAGGAUGUUAUGAAGUUACUAUUUAUUAACUGAUAAACCUCACAUCCUGGAAAACUACUUUCGUUGAGCAGAGAGGAAAAACUGUGGUCCAUUUUUCUAAAGAAGGUUCUGGGACGCCAAAGGACCACAGUGAGAGCCAUCAUCUCCAAAUGGAAAAACUGCAAAGUAGAGCUGCAACAGCUAAUCGAUAAAAUCAAUAAUCGAUUACGAAAAUUGUUGUCAACGAAUCUCCUUAUGGAUUAGUUGGUCUGCGCGCGGCACAGGGGAGAUUUACUCAUUACGAUACUUCUGUUCCGAAAACGCUCUGGAGAGUAAAUACUAAAGUUGUGUCCCAAAUGACGUACUAUACACAUACACUUACACUAUGCACUCUGCACUACCGUCUAGUGCAGUGUUUUUCAACCGAGGGUCUGCGGACCCCUCGUGGUCAGUGGUGUAAUUGCAGGGGUCUGUAGUGAAGAAUAUUAUGUAUAUAUUUUUUUGUUAAAUGUGUAAAAACAUAUUCAAAUGAGAUGUUUUAAAAUCAAUUUGGUUAUUCGCAAAUAUCACGUUAGCUGAGCUGACGCUCGUUCAUUGAUGGAUUUAUUUUAAAUUUAUUUACAAAUGAAAUAAUAAUUUGCAAAAACCUAGGAGUGGUAGACAAGUGUUGCAUUGAGGGAUAAAAUAAACAAAGGAUAAUUCAGAGAGUCAAAUUAAAUGUCACACCAAGAAUAAAAUGUAAAAAAUAAAAUCUUGAAAUGUUUUGAUUCAAUUUUAAUGUUAAUAUUAUUAAUGUUAAAUAUUAAUAAAAUAAAGCAACAUAUAUAGAAAUGACUGUUAAUUAUAUAGUCUAUAAUUGUUGUGGCGUGAGGGGGUCCUUGUGGAUUGUUCGAAAUAUGCUAGGGGUCCAAAGCUCACAGAAGGUUGAGAACCACUGGUCUAGUGUAUGUAUUUUAGAAAGGUAAUAUCAUCUCAAAUGGAACACGUUAGUUUUUUACUAACCUGAAAGUUUGCCCCCAUCCAAUUAAUCAAAAAAAAAUAAUCGGCCAACUAAUCGAUUAUGAAAAUAAUCGUUAAGUAGUGAACCUUCAUUUGAAGCUAUUUCACAUAAUAGAUGUUUACAUAUAGUCCACGGAGAGUCCAGAGUCCAGUUGUCUGAUAGAGCAGGCCAGGUGCAGCUCUCCAACUAUCUGCAUCGUCAUCAUCAGUGGUGUCUGUGCACUCAGUAGAAGACUCAUAACAACGAGCAUGUUCUACAAAAGCAUUAAUGCUGCUUGGGGCACUUGUCUCUUUCAUUUGACUCGACUGCACUCGCUGGACAGGAGGAGAACAGGAAGGAACUGGAGAAGGAACCUCUGCAGGACCCCGGUUGAGCACACCCAGGGGCAACCCCCAGUUCAUGAGGAUCGUUUUCUUUGCAAUAGUUUAGAACCACGAGGAGUAAUCUACUGUUUGUUUUGUUCAGGUUGAUUGUUGAUAUAUCUCCUAACAAGCAGAGUGUGCGGGAUAAUGGCAUGUGGCUGCCCAGGAAGAGGGAUAGUGAUUCAGUAAUUUCUUUCCAAAAAAUUUAUGGGUAUGCAGUGCCAGGUGGUGUGAACAUAGCUAUCCUGGUUGUUUUGUUCUCAAUGUGAGUAGAUUUUUGAUGAGAAUCCCAUUUUAAACAUUUUUCUCCAGUGUAGUGAAUUCUAUGUAGUAUCUUAUACUGUAUGAGUUGUAGUUUGGCAUUUUUGGACAUGAAGUACAUGUUUUUGCAAAUUUGGUUCCCAGUCCGACAUCACGACUGAUAAGUAGGUCUAGUUCACAUUUUAUUGAUGGUAUAGAGAGUGCUUCUUCAGACUGUGAUAUUCUAUAUAUUUUGGAAAGGAGUUUUUUUUUGAAGGUGGAAUGUUAUUUAGAUCUGAAACUGAAUGAGGAAGAUCUAGGUUGGUGGCAAUAAUGUUUAAUUGUGUAUGAAUGGACAUUCCAAAAAUUGCUUACACUGAAUACCAUACCUUUGGAUCAAGUAGGAGAAUGAAACCAAAAUUUCAUUUGGUUUCAUUAUAUCUUUUAAUGUGACAACACUGAAGAAAUGACACUUUGCUACAAUGUAAAGUAGUGAGUGUACAGCUUGUGUAACAGUGUAAAUUUGCUGUCCCCUCAAAAUAACUCAACACACAGCCAUUAAUGUCUAAACCGCUGGCAACAAAAGUGAGUACACCCCUAAGUGAAAAUGUCCAAAUUGGGCCCAAAGUGUCAAUAUUUUGUGUGGCCAUCAUUAUUUUCCAGCACUGCCUUAACCCUCUUGGGCAUGGAGUUCACCAGAGCAUCCCAGGUUGCCACUGGAGUCCUCUUCCACUGCUCCAUGACGACAUCACGGAGCUGGUGGAUGUUAGAGACCUUGUGCUCCUCCACCUUCCAUUUGAGGAUGCCCCAGAGAUGCUCAAUAGGGUUUAGUCUAUCACCUUCACCCUCAGCUUCUUUAGCAAGGCAGGGGUCGUCUUGGAGGUGUGUUUGGGGUCGUUAUCAUGCUGGAAUACUGCCCUGCAGCCCAGUCUCCGAAGGGAGGGGAUCAUGCUCUGCUUCAGUAUGUCACAGUAUAUGUUGGCAUUCAUGGUUCCCUCAGUGAACUGUAGCUCCCCAGUGCCGGCAGCACUCAUGCAGCCCCAGACCAUGACACUCCCACCACCAUGCUUGACUGUAGGCAAGACACGCUUGUCUUUGUACUCCUCACCUGGUUGCCACCACACACGCUUGACACCAUCUGAACCAAAUAAGUUUAUCUUGGUCUCAUCAGACCACAGGACAUGGUUCCAGUAAUCCAUGUCCUUAGUCUGCUUGUCUUCAGCAAACUGCGGGCUUUCUUGUGCAUCAUCUUUAGAAGAGGCUUCCUUCUGGGACAACAGCCAUGCAGACCAAUUUGAUGCAGUGUGCGGCGUAUGGUCUGAGCACUGACAGGCUGACCCCCCACCCCUUCAACCUCUGCAGCAAUGCUGGCAGCACUCAUACGUCUAUUUCCCAAAGACAACCUCUGGAUAUGACGCUGAGCACGUGCCCUCAACUUCUUUGAUGGACCAUGGCGAGACUUGUUCUGAGUGGAAUCUGUCCUGUUAAACCGCUGUAUGGUCUUGGCCACCGUGCUGCAGCUCAGUGUCAGGGUCUUGGCAAUCUUCUUAUAGCCUAGGCCAUCUUUAUGUAGAGCAACAAUUCUUUUUUUCAGAUCCUCAGAGAGUUCUUUGCCAUGAGUUGCCAUGUUGAACUUCCAGUAACCAGUAUGAGAGAGUGUGAGAGCGAUGACACCAAAUUUAACACACCUGCUCCCCAUUCACACCUGAGACCUUGUAACACUAAGUCACAUGAUACCGGGGAGGGAAAAUGGCUAAUUGGGCCCAAUUUGGACAUUUUCACUUAGGGGUGUACUCACUUUUGUUGCCAGUGG